AUGCAGCUACCGUCUUCGCUGCUCGUUGCUGCGCUAGCCCUGACCGUCUCGGCACUCCCGGUCGAGUCCACCGAGCUUCUCGUUCUCAACCCCGACAACUUUGAUUCGACCGUAGCCAAGGGUGUGUGGUUCGUCGAACACUUCUCACCGUACUGCGGGCACUGUCGCAACUUCUUGCCAACGUGGACACAGCUCGUCGACAAUGUUCAAAAUCAGACGGACCCAGGUAUACACCUGGCCCAGGUUAAUUGCGCCGUUGACGGUGACCUCUGCAAGCAACAUGGCGUCGACGGCUACCCUCAAAUGAACCUAUAUAAGGACGGGAAGUACGUCGAGACGUACAAGGAGUCUCGGGCGUACGACCUCCUCACUGCAUACCUUUCUAAAUAUGCUGAGCCAACCUCGAUACCUGAGCCCGAGCCCGCACCGGCCCCGACACCCACACCCAUUCUACAAGUGAACACGGCCCCCGAAAUCAGGGAUCCAGCUCCCUUGGGCCAACCGGAGAAGGAUCUCAACCCGAAUGGUGCAGUACUUUCAUUGAACCCCAAGACAUUCAAAGCAGCAGUCGACGAGGGCAAGGUAUUCGUCAAGUUCUUCGCCCCCUGGUGCGGGCACUGCAAGAAGCUGGCGCCAAUCUGGAAGCAGCUCGCGGCGAAGAUGCAGCACAAGCUCACGAUCGCAGAGGUGGAUUGCGACGCGCAUAAUGCGCUGUGUCAUGCCGAAGGUGUCGCAGGCUUCCCGCAGCUCGUUUACUACGCUGGCAAUGGCGGCGGGAAGACCGAAUAUACUAACGCCCGCAAGCUCGACCAGCUGAAGGCGUUUGCAGACAAGGUUUCUGGGCCUGUUGUGCAGACGAUGGAGUUUGCUGAAUUUGCUGACCGUGUUGCCGAGCAUUCCGUGCUGUAUCUGUUCUUGCACGCCCCGUCUGAUACCCGUUCGGUGAAUCAGGUACUGAAGGCCUCGCAAGUCCUAUUCGGUUCUCCACCAGUGUAUACCUCCGACUCCAGUCUGUUCUAUGAUUAUUUCAGCGUACAGCCGGGUUCUUCGGUCGUCCUCGCUCUAAAGGACCAUGACCCUGCACCCGCAGCCGUUUACACAAUUGCGUCUACUAACCAGCACGAAGCCCUCGUGAACUGGUUCCUGCGCAACCGCCUUCCCGCGAGCAUGGAGCUCGACUCUGACACGUUCCAAGAAGUCAUGAACGCGCCCCACAAACCGCUCGUCGUACUCGCAGCCGCACCCAAGGCGCAGCUCGCCGUGACCGCGGGCGCGGUACAGAAGAUUGCGAGGCAAUGGCGCGACAGUAAGGGUGAUGCGGGCAUCACCUUCGUCUGGAUGGACGCGGACAAGUGGGCCGACUGGCUGAAGAGCAUGUACGGCGUCAAAGCGAAGGACAUGCCAAGCGUUGUCGUCGCGAACCAUUCGCGUCUCGUAUACUACAACGUAGACCAGUUUGGGCAACCCAUCCAGCUGACGUCGACGAGUAUAUUCUCUACCAUCGCCGGGGCUAUGAGUGCAACGAUCCCAUACAAGCACUCAGAGAACGCAGUGGAGCGGAUGGCAAGAUAUUUGAACGGCAAGCUGACUUCUGCAGAGGUCUAUGUUACAACGUACCCUUGGCGUACCGUGUUUUUUGUCACAACGACACUCGCUGUCAUUUUCUAUGUUUUAAAGAGAUUGGUGUUUGACUAUCCAGAGGGCAGUGACUAUCCUUAUGGCAACGGCAUGCGCAAGGCAGACCGAAUAGAUUAA